AUGGUUUAUCUCGACUAUAAUGCAACCACUCCUCUAGAUCCAGAAGUGGUUGAGGUGAUCACAGAAACUUUGACAACGGCUUGGGGUAACCCGUCCAGCUCCCAUGAAGCAGGUGUGAAGGCCAAACAUGUGAUAGCAACAGCCAGGCAGCAAGUAGCUCGGAUGGUAGGAGCAAAGCCAUCAGAUAUCAUCUUCACAUCUGGAGGCACUGAGGGAAACAACUGGAUCUUGCAGACAGCCCUACAGCACUUCUGCAGAGGUUCCAGCAAGAUUGGGCUCAGCAUGGGUGACUGGAAUGAUGCCAAGAGUGCUAGAAACAGGCCUCACUUUAUCACCUCCAACAUAGAACAUGAUUCCAUCAAACUGGUGUUGGAGCAUUUCCUUUCCACUGGCCUUGCAGAUGUGACUUUCAUACAAGCGAGACCUUUAACGGGUUGUGUGCAUGUGCAGGAUGUCAUCGAUGCCAUUGGGCCAUCCACUAUCAUGGUGACAGUCAUGCUGGCCAACAACGAGACAGGGGUCAUACAGCCAGUCUCGGAAAUUUGCCAAAGAAUCAAGUCCCUCAAGAGGAAAAAGGGAGAGACUGAAAGAAUCCUCUUGCACACCGAUGCUGCACAGGCUAUUGGGAAAAUCCCUGUGGAUGUUCAGGAGCUUGGAGUUGACUACCUGACCAUAGUAGGACACAAGUUCUAUGGACCAAGAAUUGGAGCUGUGUUUGCUCACAAUCCUGGGGAGGAUGCUCCACUUUAUCCCUUGCUGUUUGGUGGUGGCCAGGAGAGGAACUUCAGAUCUGGCACAGAGAAUACUCCCAUGAUUGCUGGUUUGGGAAAGGCAGCUGAGCUGGUGAGCAGCAACUUGGACAAGUACCAGACUCAUAUGGCCACAGUUCGAGACUACCUGGAGGAGAGUCUACAGCAAACUUUUCCAGAUUCUGUGAGCCUCAAUGGCAAGUCACCAGAUAGCCAGCGGUUACCCAACACCUGCAAUGUUUCCUUUCUAGGGACCUCAUUGAAAGGUCACGAGAUCUUGUCUAGAGCUGUGUCAGUUCAAGCAAGUGUGGGAGCUGCAUGCCAUGCUGGGGACAGACCAUCUCACAUUUUACUAUCACUUGGAAUUCCUGAAACUGUCGCCUGGCGAGCCCUGAGAAUAUCCGUGGGAAGGGAAACCACAAAAGAGGACAUUGAUUUGGCAGUACAGGAGUUGAAAUCAGUGCUUGAUUCUUGA